UCUCUUCUGUCUCGGUCUUUUCUCUGCUGUUGGUUAGUGAAAGUGUGUCGUUGCGGAUUCUGCGAUAAACCGGGAGAGAAACUGCAGCAGAGCCGCCGAGUCCCGGAGUGAAGAUGAAGCCCAGCACCGAGCUGUAAGACACCUGAGCAGGGGUUCCUUGUUGGACUCACAAAAUAUCUGGAGAGAGAGAGAGGGAGAGAGAGAGAGAGAGAGAGAGACCUGGAGGAAGGAAAGCACAUCUGUUAAACACAUCAAGUCAGAAGUCUCAGCAGAACCACAGUGUUUUCCGUUGAGGAGAAAUGAUCUGGAGUGCAGUUUGUCGGCCUGUCAUUAGGCCACAGGGCCUCACGUUGAGGAAUGGAUAGCCUCGCCGCUAAUGCUACAAUUACUGCCUGAAGAAUGGGACACAGCUAAUGGAAAUCAUUCAUUCUUUGGCCUGAACAUCAGCAGAAGCAGCAGUAUUUGAUGUAACCACUUUAUUACUAAGAUGGCAGCAACCUAUCGCAUUGUGGUCAGCAGUAUAAACUAUUACAACAGUGUUGUAGUUGACCGGCGUGUUCAGCAGACCGUGCAUUACUGUAACGGACCAUGUGGAGCGAUAAAACAUGGACUUAGCUGCACUGUAGCUCAUCGUAGUACCUGCGCUGAACUUCUGGAUUCCUCCCAAAUGUACACCGAUCGGCCAGUUGGCUACCAUGACUCUGUGUCUAAAAUGCUUGAAAAUGGUGGAUGUGGCCAUGUUGGAUUUGGUGAGGAUUUCCAUUAUCAGGUCGUUCCACGAGUUAAGAAAGGAUCCGCUAUCCAGAGCUCGACGAGCCUGAAGGAUAUCACUGGCGAGGCAAUCAAUUUGGCCAGUGGGAAGAUGAAGGAGUUCUCUUUUGAGAAGGUGAAGUACUCCUCUAGUCAUGUGACCUUCCGGAAAGGUAGAAAGGUAAGGCCCGACUCAUUUAGCCGGAGGUCCACUGACCUUGAUGUCAUCUACGGACACUUCAGCAAUGAUGAAAACUGUCCUCCACAGAAACCAGCACCAGAUGAGCAGAAGUUGAACCGAAGCAUCUCACUGGAGCAGAACUUGAACAAUGCAGCUUCGUUUUAUCUCAACAACUUCACAGAGGAGAACCUCAUCGCCCGGAUUCUGGAGAAGACCAAAACAGACAGCAAUGCUUCCGGCGAAGACAUCAAAGCUUGUUUGGACAUCCUGCUCAAGUGCUCAGAGGAUUUGAAGAAGUGCACAGACAUUAUAAAGCAAUGCAUAAAAAGGAAGUCUAUGAGCGGAGAUGGUGAGGAUUCUGGAAAUCCGGAUGCUAUUUACAAAACCAUGAUGGCACGACUCACUAGUUACCUAAAGAGGUUGCCUUUUGAGCUUGACCUUGGGCAUACAGGAAGACCAGAGCACAACGAUCUUUCUGAACUGGUGAACACUCUUCAUGGACUUCAGCAAAGGCCUUUCUCACCUUUUGGCAACGAACAGCCUCCUCGAUAUGAGGACGUGGUCCAGUCUCCUCCAUCAGUAAAAGGCCAGUCUAAGUCCUCAUCCUGCUCAUCUCUGGAGUCUCUCGAUGGCACUAGGGAUCUCUCAGGAAGUUUAACAUCUGCUCAAGGCCUCAAUGUAUCACUCCCUGCCCAUUCAUCUGCUAAUGGACUGCAGUAUUCCAACCUUCCCUCUUCCACCAGCAGCACCAAACCGUCCACCUUUCAUUAUCCCAUCUCCACUGUCCACCAUGAUGCCUCAUCCUCCACCAACAGCAUUUCCAAAGACACCUCAAUGGAGACUCUGUACAUUGAGGAGGACGCUGAUAUAGGUCGAGCACUGGAUACAAAGCAGAGUUCUAGUGUUUCAGAGUCCAGGCAGCUUUCAAGGAGACACGACAUCAUGUCAGGUCCCAGUGCUGGCGUUACUGACAAAAUUCCUGAUCUCAGUAGAAAUGGAACUGUAUAUACACUCAAAGCUGAACCAGGAAGUAAUCAGGCUUACACGUCAUCACACAGCACCGAGUCGAGGAAACUCUCAAAUUCGGCUCCACACAUCACCAGGGAAGGGGUAGAUGAGAUUGAUAAACUACUAAUGGACUUGGAAUGCCUCUCUCAGAACAUGCAGAAGGAACCCCCACUGCCACCAAAGCAAAGACAUCUAAAUGCAUACCAAAAAAGCCUGCACCAGAUUGGCUCCUCAGGGACCCCUUGUCCGAAUCCUCAUGCCAUCUCAUCCACCAGGCCAACAAAUCGCAACACGCAAGGAUCUGGUGAGGAGGAUGAUGGCGCUCUCUUGCUACGGAUUCUGGAGAGCAUUGAGAGCUUUGCUCAGGAGCUGGUGGAUUGUGGAGCUGGAACAGGAACUCAGACAAAAGAGCGAGAGGUGAUGCGUCUGCUUCAAGACACAUUAGCUAAGACUGAAAUGACUUCAGAAAUUGUUCCUGUCCCUAUGCCUGCACCUGACACAGCACCAGGACCUUCACCUGCAGCUACACCCUCAGCUCCAGCUACACCUGUACCUGUCACUGCAACUCCAGCUGAAGUUCUGAGUCCAUUCAACAGUGCGAGAGACACCGGAUCUACUAUCCUCAUCCAGCAGACGCCAGAAGUCAUCAGGAUCCAGCCGGAGAAGAAACCUGUCUCUCCUCCUCCUCCUCCUCCCAUCCCUCGUUCCCCCUCUCCUCCCCCACCUGCACCCCCUCCUCCCUCCAUUAACAUUCCACGCUUUUAUUUUCCCACGGGUCUCCCAAACCUCACCGUUAAUUUCGAUGAGGCUAUAGCCAAAGUCGAGGCGGCCUUUGCCAAGCUGCAGGAGGAAAAAGCCGACAUCUACGAGAUGGGCAAGAUUGCCAAGGCAUGUGGGUGUCCGCUGUACUGGAAGGCCCCAAUGUUUAACUGUGCAGGAGGAGAGAGGACUGGCUUCGUCUCUGUCCAUUCAUUUAUCGCCACAUGGCGAAAGUUGUUACACAGCUGCUAUGAUGAUGCGUCCAAAUUUGUUUACUUGCUGGCCAAGCCGGGCUGCACGUACCUGGAACAGGAAGACUUCAUCCCCCUCUUACAGGACGUCGUGGACACUCAUCCGGGUCUGACAUUUUUAAAAGACGCUCCUGAAUUCCAUUCCCGCUACAUCACCACCGUGAUCCAGAGGAUAUUUUACACAGUGAAUCGCUCAUGGACAGGCAGGAUCACCAUGACUGAGCUCAGGAGAAGUAACUUCCUGCAGACUCUGGCCUUGUUGGAGGAGGAGGACGACAUUAAUCAGAUCACAGAUUAUUUCUCUUAUGAACACUUCUAUGUCAUUUAUUGUAAGUUCUGGGAGUUGGACACUGACCACGACCUCUUCAUUGACCCCAAAGAUCUCUCCCGCUACAACGACCAUGCUUCAUCCAGCAGGAUUAUUGAGAGGCUUUUCUCAGGAGCUGUCACUCGGGGAAACUCUGUGCAGAGAGAAGGACGUAUGAGUUAUGCUGAGUUUGUCUGGUUCCUCAUUUCAGAAGAAGACAAGAAGAACCCAACAAGUGUAGAGUACUGGUUCCGCUGUAUGGAUCUGGAUGGCGAUGGAGUUCUGUCCAUGUAUGAGUUGGAAUAUUUCUAUGAGGAACAGUGUGAGCGGAUGGAAGGGAUGGGAAUAGAACCGCUGCCCUUCCAAGAUCUGCUCUGUCAGAUGCUUGACCUCGUCAAACCAGAGAGCCAAGGUAAGAUCACUCUGCGUGAUCUGAAGCGCUGCAGGAUGGCCCACAUCUUCUUCGAUACGUUCUUUAACCUGGAUAAAUACCUGGACCAUGAGCAGAGAGACCCAUUCUCCGUGCAGAAGGAUGUGGACAGUGAGGGUCCAGAGCCUUCAGACUGGGAUAAAUACGCAUCAGAGGAGUACGAGAUCCUGGUAGCGGAGGAGACGGUCAGUGAGCAGCUGCACGACGGGUCUUUUGAGGAUGACUACGAGUGUGAGGAGCUUCCUGUUACACCUGACAUCGGAAACAAAAUGAACAAACUGGUGAUCUCUGAUCUGUCUCCAUGAUCAACUUGAAGCUCACUCACAGAGGAAAUACACACUUUUCUACAGUGCAGAAAUGGACUUGUGUGUGUGUGUGUGUGUGUGUGUGUGUGUGAGAGAGAGAGAUAUCGUAAACUCCCACCAAGGCUUCAUGUUCAGUAUGUCUUAACCAUUAUCACAAACCAACUCCACUCCUCGUGAUCUGAAUAAAACAGCCGGCUGGUUCCAUCCCUCAUUUAAAAAAAAAAAUAAAAAAAAUAUAUAUAUAUAUAUAUAUAUAUAUAACUAAAAAAAGACAUUAUAAGACAUGAGACAGAUGCUUUAGGAUACUUUAUUAGGGUUCUGGCUUGAAAGGAACGCUGUGGUUGUCAAACUCUCACAUAUUAUUUAUUCUCAUUGUUUAUUCUCAGGACACUGAUUGGACAGGAAGUAGAAAAGAAAUCGUGAAUCAAAAAGUGAUUUCAGUCCGUAUGGCUAACUGGCAGUCAUUCUGUGAUGUAAAUUUGACUUACUGACACAAAUUCUUCACAUGUUCACGUUAAUAUUGUGAAUUUGUGCCUUGUACGAAAUGUCAAACGUGCCAGUGCAGGUAGGUACAGCUGUGAGAACACUGUUGCUUGGCAACUAGGAAAUACACACUCCCCGGCCACUUUAAUAGGAACGUGUUGUUGAUUGUAAGAUCCCUGUUCUUGGCUGCAGGAGUGGAACCCAAUGUGUUCUUCUGCUGUUGCAUGCUGAGAUGCUUUUCUGCUCACCACGGUUGUAAAGAGUGAUUAUAUGAGUUACUAUAUCCUUCCUGGCUAAAAAGCUCAAACCAAUCUGUCCAUUUCCCUCUGACCCUCUCUUAUCAACAAGGCGUUUGUUUCCACCCACAGAACUGUCGCUCACUCACUCGUUUUUUUUGUUUUCUGCACCAUUCUGUGUAAACUCUAGAGACUGUUGUGUGUGAAAACCCCAGGAGAUCAGUAGCUUCUGAAAUACUCAAACCUCACACUCAUCUGGCUCAAACCAACACCCAUACCACAGUGAGAGAACGUCACGCUUUCCAAUCACAAUUUUUCCCGUUCUGAUGUUUGAACAUUGUGAACAUUAACUGAAGCUCUUGAUUUGUAGCUACAGUACAUGAUUUGAUGCUGUCAAGGGAUCGGCUGAUUAGAGAACUGCAGAAAACAGAACAACAACAGGUGUAUGUAGGGGUGUUCCUAAUAAAGUGACCAGUGAGAGUACAUGCCAAAGAUAUGCUAGCGAGCAAACGAAAGACAGAGUAACAGCGAAAAUGAGUCAGAAUCAUCCAGAACAUCAACAUUUCUCUCAGAUGUGUUGGUACAUUAUUGAGAAAAGGAACCGUACAACUACAAUUGUUUCGUUUCAUAUUUUGAAAUGCUAACAUCGGCGUUAACCCAAAUCAUAAACUCUUCACAAGUCAACAAGCAAAGCUCGAUGAAGAAGAAUUUAAAUAUGGUUCACUCCACAUUUGAGUGCGAAAAGUGAGUGCAAGAUAACAGUGCUACUAAGCAACUGAGAAAUAUACACGCCACGCAUAAGCUAGAUGUUUAUAGAUAAAGUAAAGAAAUGUGGACUUUGUAAACUAGACAGAAUAGUCAGGAACAUCCACAUUUCUCUUACGGGUUGAUAAAUUUGUGAGAAAAGACUCAAUAUGACUACAAUUGGCUCCUCCCUGUUGAAAACCGUUUACAUUACAUGCAGCACUGAGCUGCUGGAAAAGUAGACAACUAGUGCAAAUUUAAAUGAGAUACACUCGAUGUUUGAGUGGUUAAAGUUGUGAGAACACUGUUGCUAGGCAACUAGGAAAUAUAUACACUUGCUAUAACAUAGCCGUUUAUCGGUAACAUAAAAAUGUAAUGGUGGAAAAGAGCAAGAAUCAUCAGGAAUGUCCAGGGUUCUCUCAGACGUGUUGGCAAAUGACUGAGAAAUGGCUCCAAUCGAGUUGUUUCACUGAAUAUUUUAAAAUAUUAACGUUACGUUGCAACUUAUAAACUUAGAGCUGUUGGAAAUUUAGAUGACUAGCAUAAAUGCUAGUAUUUUUGAAAGAAUUUGAGCAUGGUUAAAGUGGAGAAAGUCAUGAGAGCACUGUGACGAAGCAGCUGGGAGAUCUGGACACCAAUUAAUGGCUAGCUAGUGAUAGCUUGCGAUGAACAGAUAACGUUACUUAUUUGCUGGUAGUCAAUUCAGUUAACUAACUAGCUAGCUAGGCAAAAUUAACAUGACAGGUAGCAUAAACAGGUGCUUGCUCCGUCUAGUGUGUUGUUGUACACAAUUUUGAUUAUUGUAUUUUGUGACUAAAUUUAUGUCAAAAUUGGUAUUCAGAACAUGUUCCUAAUUUACACCAAAAAAUAAUGAAAAGAAUCAGACCGUAGUCGUGAGAUUUGACGCCACAGGGUUAGCAUAAAGCUGGAACGGUUUAUUAGAAUGUGCUUUCAUGAAAUGCGAGUGAAAUGAUGCACAGUAAAUAUUGCACAUUACUACUGAGUGUUGAACCAGUAAUGGCGAUGUAGUGUGCUGGCUCCUAGUGGCCACUUCAGGUAUUGCAUGUUAAAAUGAAAACUGUAGUGGAGACUCAAUGUUGUUUAGUAUUUUGUUUCUUCUUCUUCUUCUUUUGUAACUUGACUACAAACUGAAAUUCAAACUUCACUAAACAUUUCCAGUCACAAUUUUACAAAUGUGGGAACUAAAACAGGACGAUCUUUAAAUGUUUAGUGUAGACCUUGUAUGUAGCAUCGCCACAUUGCUCAGUCUGGCUUCAAUAUGGCCACCUUUUUAACAACGAACUCAUACAGGGACGUCUCUCCUUCCCAGAAUUAGCCAAACUUUGCUUACAUAUUAGCAUGCGAAUUAACCGCUAGUGUUUGGUUUUGCUAGCACUUAGUGGUUAGUGGUUGCUAUUUGUAUUUAUUUGCUAGCGUUUGGGUUAGCGACUAGCAUUUUGAUGUGUAGGAAUGUCUGUGCACCGUGUGGGGGUGCUGUUAAGCCCACGACAUGACAACCUUGUCCACGUUACUCUUGGUUGACUCAUGCCAUCAUCUUAAUUCAUUAAAGUGUGUGUGUGUGUGUGUGUGUGUGUGUGUGUGUGUGUGUGUGUGUGUGUGUUGGAUUAGCACUGCUGCUAACUCUAACUGUAACACACUCUCUCACUGUACACUGUUUUUAUGUAAUUAGUGUAAUAUAUAAUAUAUAUAUAUAAUUUAUAUCAGUGUUUCUGUGUGUGAGCGUGUGUGUAUGAGUGGGUGUUUGUGAGUGUGUGUGUGUGUGUGUACCAUAGUUGCAGUGUGUUUUCUAACAACCGCUGUAAAUGCCUCAGUAUUUUAUUUUCCUGUAUUUUUUGGCGUUAGUCUCUGCCACUGCGUGGUGGAGGCGGAGUUUUAAACGCUGAAAAACGGACAGAUCUUGAACUGCAGUGUUUCUAUGAUGGUAUGUGAUGAAUUCGGCGUCGCCAACAAUCAGUUUUCCUGGAGCUUUCCCAGCUCAGUCAUCAGGAGCAGAGCGAUUAAACCUGCUGUAGUGUUACGCUGUUACUCACGUUAACGAUCUAUGCAAAACCCCACCUUGUGCAGCUGAUUAACACCGGCUGUUUAACAUCAAACUGUUAGUGUGCAACUUUAUUCUGAGUUUUAUAUCAUCAUAUAUAUAUAGCUAUAUAUAAAUCUAAAUAUAUUUCCAUGUGUAUUUUUUUUGUCUUGCUUUCAGACUUGACGAGGUUUCGCUCAGAGAUGCCUCAUGUGUUCGCAUGAAUAUUUUUCCCCCCUUUAAAAUUUUUUCUUUUGAAAAUAAAUAAAAAAGUUUUAAAAGC